GUACGAAAAAAUGUAAUUCCAUGUUCUCAAUCUCCUUACGAAAGAAUGUUGUUUUUCCGGAAUUGCACGAAAUCCUCCGGUUAACAACCCUAGCUUGUAGUUGGCAAUAUUUUUAAGGUUUUAAUUAUGUUUGCAGUCAGUUUCCAAAAACAGUAGCCGUUAAACUAAUCAGAAUUUUUCCUGUAAUUUUGUACUUUAAUUAGACCUUCAAGUAUCCAAGUGUCCGUCAGAUAUUCAGCUUUAUACACUGUAUAUAGAGGAAGAAAUACACCGUUAACAGUACAUAUGUAGUUCGAAGUGUAUGAAGCUUGUAUCUGAAGAUGUUAUAGAAAAGUACAAUUCAGUUUGUUAACAGAUUUGGUAGUAAAAAUGCCCAAGACCCAUACUUGCAGUCAUUAAUUAAAAAACAGGAAAUAAAAAGAAGACGGUUUAGAUCUGAAGAACCUAACGGGUUAUGCAUAAGUCUUCGAACUUUUUUUGAAACUGAUUUAAAUAAGGAGAGUAAUUUUUCAACCUUCAACUUAUUGUUUAUUUUGAAGAUCAAACAUUAAUGUAUUUAAAUCACUUUUAAUUUUUAUCUAGACUUCUACACAAAAAAAAUGACAAGGUUUGAUCGAGAAGCCCUCGCAAAACGAAUUGUAACGUUCUAUGAAAAUUGUUCAAGUGAUAAAAAGAAAUUAACAUAUAAACAUUUUAAAAAUAAAGGAAUACCAAAGUCAACUAUAUUUAGUAUUCUUGCAAGGUAUGAGAACUAUAAUGAUUUGGUUAGAUCAGGUUGUCCUCCAAAAAUGGAUAAGAAAAAAGUCAAACGAUUGACUAAAAUGCUAAAUAAUUCAACUGGUAUUAGUCAAAAGUAUUUAGCUUCAUAUUUUAAGGUGAACCAAAACACAAUUUCAAGAACUAUUAAUUUCAAAACAGAUAUUAAAUGCUACAAAAAACAAAAAGUACCUUUGUAUGAAAAAGAUCAACAACAGAGACCAGCAACAACAUCGAGAAGAUUAGUUAAUAAAGUAUUCCAUGAAAAAAAUAUAAUCACAGAUGACGAAAAAUAUUUUAACCUAUCAAACUCAAAUAUACCUGGAAAUGAUAUAUAUUAUACAAAUAAUAAAUUGUUAGCCCCUGAUAAUGUAAAAUAUAAGUUGAAAAAAAAAUUUGAAGAAAAGGUAUUGGUUUGGAUUUGCAUUUCUUCGAAUAGAUUUUGUGAAACUUAUAUACAUAGAUCAAAGAAUUCAGUAACAUCUAAUAUAUAUGUGAAAGAAUGUAUGAAGAAAAGCCAGAUCUUGCAUCUGCUCAUUAUGCUAAUAAAACAGAAAAUUGGUUUAUUGAUAAUUCAAUAGAGUUUGUACAAAAAUGCACUAAUCCACCAAAUGUUCCACAGGCUAGACCAAUUGAAACAUUUUUGGAUAUUUUAAGUCAGAUGGUAUACAGUGAUGGUUGGAGAGCACGUAGCAUAUAUCAACUAGUUCGAAGAAUAAAGAGCAAAUUAAAUGAAAUAAAAGAAAAUGAUCCAGAUCUGUUACAAAGACUAAUGAUGAGUGUUAAAACAAAACUUUGAAAAAUCGCUGAUAGAGGCGUCUAUUCAAUAUGUUAAAUAUGUUAAUAAAUACUAGAAUGAAUGUUCUUUAUUACCAUAUAGUUUCAUUUUUUUAUCUAAAUAACAAUAUUUUUUUACGACUCUAUAAAAAAAGUUCGAAGACUUAUGCAUAACCCGUUAAGGAAAAUGAAUUUUCUUUUAUUAACCGCAUUAAUGUUGAAGGUGUAAUAAAAAAAGUAUGCAAGAAAGCUUUUUGCAGUAUGCAUGGAAUUUCUAUGAAACAAGUUAGAGGUUUAUGCAUUUUAUU